CCAGCGGAUUCGCCUUGCAAGUUCCUGGUUCCCUAACGCUCUCGCUGGUUGUACGGAGUAGUACACACGGUCGCCAAAGGCUGUCCCGCACGUGGAAAGAAUGGCAACCCCGGAUGUCGCCCCUCAUUUUGGGGCGGAGUUGAAGGAUGCGUUUAAACCUGUCAACAAUUGGGUUUCGAAUGGUAUCGGAUGGCUAGACGAGAUACAACAGUUCUACCGAGAGCGCAGCGUGAUCGAGAAGGAGUAUGCGGCAAAGUUAACGGCGCUAUGCAAGAAAUACUACGACCGCAAAGCCAAGAAAAUCAGCAGUCUGAGCGUUGGAGAUACCCCUAGCAUGACCCCCGGGUCCCUCGAAAGUGCCUCGCUUACCACUUGGUCCACCCAAUUGAGCGCCGUUGAGUCGCAUGCCGCAGAACGGGAUCAGUUUGGCACGGAGCUGCUCACUCAUGUCGCAGAGCCGCUCAAACAAGCCGCAAACCAGUACGAGGAACUCCGGAAAUGCCAUGUCGACUUCCACGCAAAGCUAGAAAAGGAGAGAGACUCUUCGUACAGUGACUUGAAGAAGGCCAAGGGUAAAUAUGAUGGAGCGUGCCAGGAGGUGGAAGCCCGGCGCAAGAAGAUGGAGGGCUCGUUCGACCACAGCAAACCAAAGGCCCAAGCCGCAUACCAGCAACAGAUUUUGGAAAUGAACAAUGUCAAGAACACAUACCUUAUCAGUAUCAAUGUGACCAACAAGAUGAAAGAGCGAUUUUAUCACGAAUAUGUGCCGGAACUACUUGAUGGUCUCCAAGAUCUCAACGAAACGCGUGUAGCGAAGUUGAAUUCGCUCUGGUCGCUUGCAGCCCAGCUAGAAAAGAGUUCCCUCUCUAAAAGUGUGGACCACAUGACGAACCUCAUGAACGAGAUCCCGCGCAAUGUUCCACAUCUGGACUCGCUCAUGUUCCUGCGCCACAACGUCACACAAUCUCAAGAGCCAGCGAAUGUGGGCUUCGAGCCGAGCCCCAUCUGGCAUGACGACGACGCUCUCAUCACCGACGAGGCCGCCAAGGUCUUCUUGCGCAAUCUUCUUAGCAAGAGCAAGACUCAAGUGCGGGAAUUGAGGGUCGAGACGGAUCAGAAGCGACGCGAGGUGGAAGCAGCCAAACGGGUCCGGGAGAGUAUCCAGCAAGGCAAGGAUAAGCGCAACGAAGUGGAGGUCGUCCGGUCCAUAUUCUUCCAGCAGGAAGCACUGCACGAAUGCGAUCGCAGGCGCCUGACCGCCGAGGUCGAAACCUCGACCAUCAUGUCGGUGGUUGGCGAUCUUUCCCUCGGGGCCCGCAACCACAACUUCAAGUCGCAGACGUUCAAAAUCCCGACCAACUGCGAUCUCUGCGGAGAACGGAUAUGGGGUUUGUCCGCGAAGGGUUUCGACUGCCGGGACUGCGGAUACACAUGCCACAGCAAAUGCGAAAUGAAGGUCCCGGCCGAAUGUCCGGGCGAGCAAUCCAAGGAGGAAAGGAAGAAGCUGAAAGCAGAGCGGCAAGAACAAGCCAACGCGGCUCCCGCGCCACUCGAUCUAGAAACAACCACGACGUCGUCCACGGCGCCCUCGCUCACCCGCAAAGACACCAUGAACUCCCUAAGCUCCGGUUAUGCCGUCAGCGCGAACCGAUCCAUGUCGAACGCCACCAGCCAGUCUCCCUCUGCGUCCCCGGCCGAACUCCCCACCCCAAUUGCAGAGACCAAGCCCACCCCAGUCCGGAAGAACCGAGUCCUUGCCCCGCCGCCAGCUCAGUACAUCAGCAGUCCACCUCCGACCCCUGGGCUAAGCUCCUCCGCCAAGACCAGCGAACAGCACGGCAAGAUGCUAUACGCAUAUCAAGCCGGCGGCGCCGACGAAGUCGACGUCCAAGAAGGUGACGACAUUGUCAUUCUUGAACCAGACGACGGAUCCGGUUGGAUGCGCGUCCGGGCCGGUCCCGACGAAGGCCUCGUGCCCGCCUCCUACGUCGAAGUCGGUCCCGCCCCGUCUCCCGUCCCAUCCACCAGUCCAGGCUUCGCAACCGACCGCCCAGGCUCAACUUACUCCAACUCGUCCGCCUCCCUGACCGGCGGCAGCGCAGCGAAUAAACGCAUCGGCCCCGCCGUGGCGCCCCGGCGCGGCGCCAAGAAACUCCAAUACGUCGAAGCCAUGUACGACUACGAAGCCCGCAGCGACAUGGAAUGGAGCAUGACCGAGGGCGAUCGCUUCGUCCUAGUCAACCGAGACGGCGGAGAUGGAUGGGCAGAUGUUGAGCGUGGCGGCGUUACUAAGAGCGUUCCCGCGAAUUAUAUCCAGGAGGUGUAGGCCCUACACCCUACCUACCAUCCACCCACCACCUAUCUAUCUACCCACCUACCUACCUACCUAGGUACUCCUGGACCAGACCCGAGCAUAUUGCAUUAUUCUUUUUUCCUUUCUCACACCUCAUUCAUCUAUGAGGGUUUUAUAUUUCUUUCUUCAUUGCAUAGGGAGCCUGGGGUGCUGGUUGGUUUUUUUGGUUUUUGCCCUUUGUUAUCUUUUUGUCCUGCGGGUUUUGGCUUUGGCUAUACAUUCUUAGGUACAUUCAUACCUUGGUUGGUCAGGUCACAUCAUGGUUUGUUUUGGUGAUGGUAAUGCUUUCUUAUCAGCUAAUACAGCACAAAGAUAGCAAUAGGUAUAUGGAUAUGGAUGGGGAUGGAGGGAUGGAUGGAUGGAUUCUUGUACAUAGGAAGAAAGUCGCGUGUUGUGAAUAUGUCAGAUAUUGUUAUCCUGCUUCUUGCUU